UGGUCGUCAUUCUUUCGCCGGCGCCGCUUGCUUUCCCGCGCUGUAUGGAACCCUUGCACGGCUCGGCAGCAGUCAUGUGCUACGCUUGCAAACCUUCACUGCCAGCGUUCAGGAUGCCCUGCACCCCCGCAAAGCUCCGGCCCACCGGGCCCCAGUACUUCACUUUCGACCCCCUCCCGGAGGUCGAGAAGACCCCGGCCCACAGGAACGCCUCCAAGACGAGCCGGAGCAAGAAGCGAGCGCGGAGAGUGCUCUAUCCUCCAGUGGUAAAGCGCUAUUACCCUGCCGAGGAGCGCAGUUAUGCGAAACGUUUUCUCUUUAUUCUGCUCACGAUCAUCUUCUUCCAAAUCUACACUGCUGAAGAGGAUGUUACACUCAUGGUGCCCUCCCUAAGCGCUGAGGAAAAUGUCUCGGGAUGCUCCGUGGAGACGAGGGAACACCUUCUUCUGGAACAGCUGGAGCCUGCAGCACUUCCCUGGGAAAUCAUGGAGGCCUCCAACGCUACAGGUUGGGACUGGGCUGACGAGGACACCUCUGAAUCCACCAUUGACAUCACCGAGCUUUUGGAGCAGAGCCUGGCUGCUUUCUGAAGAUCCAAGGGAGACGUUCUUACAAGGCAGCCUGGGCUGGAACGCAUCCUUUGAGGGUUUCCAGCGCUGUGGCCACCACUUCAGCUUCAGAAGAAGUGACUCAUGUCUAGGUAGAGCUGGACCCACAAAUGGGUCACGGCCAGUUGGACUUGGGCCAGAUCUUUCUGGCUUUUUGAAGUCUUUGCUCUGCACUCAGCCAUACUGAUGUAAGAGAAAUGUAAACUGUAUUCACACUACAUCUUAAAACAGGGAGGGAAGUUCCCUGUUCUAUACCAGAUCAGACAUCUGGUAAGGGGGAAGGGUAUUUUAUUUAAUAUUUAAUAUUUAAUAAUAAUAAUAAUUUAAGCUGACGUUUAAUUGUGUGAAACUGAGAUUACAAGGGAAAUCUGGGUUUUGUGCUAGGUUGAAAGAAAGGUACGUAAUGUUUGUCUCUAAUAGGACAGAAUCAUAUUGACACUUAUUGAAAAUCUAAAUUUCAAUCUGAAGAUAAUCUGUAGAUUUCCUAGAACAAGAUCUAUUUUAUAAUCUACUAUAUGUAGGGACAAUAUUUUGAGGAAGAUUGAAGUGUGGUGGAGAAGCCACUGAUGUUUUGGAGGAUGCUGUUACCGUGUUUGGUGGGGGAAGGAAUCAUUUGACAUGCAAAGUACUGACAGAUGAAAAGUGCCAAAGAUGCCUCUUUCCUGACUUAUGUUUAUUUCUGAAGCUGAUAGGAGAAUCUUUGGAAUGUUUCGGUUCCUUGAUUUAAGGACACAAUAAAAGAGGGAGGUGAAGACAUUUCAGGACGUUACAGACGUCCAAGCAUCCUAUUUCAGACGUUUUGGUCAGCACUCUCCCUUGUAUUGUGUGCUUACUGUGUAAGCAUGGUCUGUCUCAAAAGCAGUGAUCACAUCCACACCAGCAUUUCUGAAACUACAGUAAAUUUCUUUUGAGAAUUGCACUUUACAUGUCUACACUAUUCAGAUGCAGUUUUCUGAACUCUGUAUGUUCUGUGAACAAAUAAAUAAAUGGUUGACACGA